AUGGCAGAACAAAACAAGGUAUUCGCGAGUAACUGUUCUAUACAAGAUUGUGUUACUACAAUUAUAGAAAAGGAAGGCUUUGUUAAACAUGAAGUGUUUGUGAAAAAUGUUUGUACUGCUGGCAAUAAUUUCAUGGGCGAAUUAUUUGAGAUCGAUAUAAAAGGUGUAACAUCGCAUGGUGAUAAAGAAAUUAACCUAUUUGUGAAACAAAUCAUUAACAACGAAGAUUUUAAAGUGUAUUCCAUACCAGAAGUAUAUCGUAAGGAAGUUUAUUUUUACAAUGAGCUUAUUAACAUGUAUGAAAACAUCCAAGACGAAGCUAAUAUUCUACCACAGGAUCGUUUAAAAUUUGUAAAGAGUUACAAGGAAAUGGAUGAAAAUGCAAUUAUUCUGGAAAAUAUAACAAAAAAGGGAUACAGGCCAACAAAUAGAUUUGAAUUAAUGUCAUUGCAAUUUGCGGAAAUGUCUUUGAAGGAACUUGCGAAAUUCCAUUCACUGUCGUUUUUGUUAGAGAAGAAAAAGCCGGAAUACUUUGAAAGCAAGAUAAGAACGAUAAAACAAUCUUUUAUCUAUGAUGAAUAUUGGAACGAACUUGUGAAGAAAACGUGCGAGAUAUCUAUCGCUCAAUUAAAUGAUGAGAGCAAGGAGCGGAUAAGGAAUUACAUUCCUACUACCUUAGAAAAAUAUUCAAUCUAUAUGACUGGUGGGCUGUGCUCUAUUAAAUGUUUGUGUCAUGGAGACUACAAGAUGAAUAAUAUCAUGGUGAAAGAACAGAAUGGCCUAUUAGUGGAUGUACUCCCGAUCGACUAUCAGCAAAUAUACUAUGGGAAUCCAAUCAUAGAUCUCAUUUACUUCAUAUUUGCGUCAAGCGACAGAUCUUUCAGAAAACAACACCUUUAUUAUCUCAAAGACUUCUAUUAUAGUGCUUUCGCAGAAUUCCUGAAUAGAUUCGACGUUGAUGUGGAAAAUGUAUAUCCAACGAAAUCAUUUGACGAGUGUUUUCACCAAUGCCUAGAUUACGCGCUAAUGGUUUCCUUAUACUUUUACCCGUUCUUCUUUGCAUCUGAAGAAGCGACACAUGACGGAAACGACGAUUUGAUGGAAGUGACAAUUAAAGUGGAUAGAAGAAUGAAAGACAGGAUCCAGGGGGUUGUAGAUGACUUUAUCGAAAUGGGAAUCGUGUAA